AUGGAAGGUCCUGCUCAUUGGGCAUUCUCCGUCGAGGGCAUUCCCACAAAGUCCGUUGCCUUUCAUCCUACUCUAGCAACCAUCACGCACGAGUUUCCUGUCCGUGUCCAGCCCGGUGCUUUCGCGAUCACCAUCAACAAGAUCGACCAGCAGGUCGAUCCCGAGUCCAUACGUGUUGAAAGUCUCGGCCCCGCCAAAGUAAUAGACAUCCAGCAUGCAAACGUCCUCCGAUACUCGUCCACUUGCAAACCAUCCUCUGACAUAAAACCUGGGAACGAUUCUGUAAAUCGAGAGAGGCAGCCUAUGGGUUAUGGUGGAGCUGGUGCGCAAGAUCCUCAUCGGGGGGAGUACGGACCAGCGCUCUACGAAGGGGCGAAACCGAGUAUGUUGCAAGAACAGAAUCAGAGACCUGCCCCGGAAAAGCCGACCAUAAGACCAUUACUGCCAGGGCAAGUGACUGCUCCUGCGCCUGCGUCGAGCCCUGGCACUCUACCUGGUGAUGAGGAGAACCAAGCGGGAGGAAAGACUCAGAGCAAUGAAUCAGAACUCAAGCUUCACGACCUCAACAUCAAGACGCUCUUUCCAACGGCCAAGGAUGGGCUGGAAGCCUCGAUGUACCAUGACUUUUAUCCGCCUGAUAGCAAGGUACCCGAGUCGAUCAGCCAGGGCCAUGGCCUGAGUGUAUCGUAUGAACUACCUGGCUGGCAUAUAGCUGAGCUGGACCUCCAAGCUUCAUUCACCCAUGUGAUAGUGCCCAAGAGACAUGCCGCAGCGUUCCUUCGUGCCAAGGUACAGAAUACUUCGCCUGUGAAUAUACGAUCAGGUGAAGUGAACUUAAUCGUUGACGGUACCUGUUUCGGCAAUACCAACGUCCCAAGCUGCGUACGCAACGAAAUCUUUGAACUCAACCUUGGGGUGGACAGGUUCAUCAAGGUGGCCUAUAAGGAACCUGGGAUAACACAAGCAUCAUGUAAGAUCAAGAAUACAAGAGACCAUGCAGUCAACGUUUUGGUAUUGGAUCAGGUGCCAGUUAGUGUGGACGAUCAUUUUGAUGUUGAGAUUCUGACGCCAGAGACCUUGGGGUUUCCGGGUGAUAAGGUGGAUCUCACGGAGCCGGGAAAGCCGGGAACGAAGACUGCAGAACUGGGUCGUGAUGGAGAGUCGACAUAUCAAGGCGGAUGGACAGUCUAA